UUACCUAGAGAUUCAAGAUUAACUACUGAUUUGUAUUUUUCUCCAACAGGUGGUAAGCUCCCGACGAAGCGCAUCGACCGCAAGACGCACCAGCUCGAAUGUCUGGCCAACGAGGUAAUCGCCCUGGCCAAACCCGGCCACAUCAUAGUCGACUUUUGUUCUGGAACCGGCCACCUCGGCAUACUGCUGGCGUUCCUGCUUCCCAAGUGCACCAUCUAUCUGCUGGAGAACAAGGAAGAAUCCCAACAACUCGCAAUGGAUCGCGUCAGGCGACUUGGGCUGAAGAAUGUCGUCUACUUCCGGUGCAACCUGGACUACUUUAAGGCACCUUUCGACAUUGGCGUUUCGUUGCAUGCGUGUGGCGUUGCCACGGACAUCGUACUGGAAAAGUGCUUCGCCCAUCGGGCCAAGUUUGUUUGCUGUCCCUGUUGCUACGGCAAAUUGUACGAGUUCGAUCGGAUUCGCUAUCCGCGAAGUCGCGUCUUCCAGGAGUCGGAGCUUUUGCUGAAGGAGUAUCUGUGUCUGGCACAUUGCGCCGAUCAGACACACGAUUUGGACAACAGCCGGACCAACGUCGAAAAAUCACACCAAGGAUUCUACUGCAUGGACAUAAUCGAUAAGGACCGCUUGCUACAGGCCGAAGAGUUGGGUUAUUCCGUGACCCAUAAACGCCUCAAACCGGAAAAUUGCACCCCCAAAAAUAGACUUCUGAUAGGGACACUGUGAAUUAACACUUCCAAAUUGAAAUUUUUCAUUUCGUUUUGUCACAUCUGACGAUAAAUAGAUUUUUAUUCUUACUGUACUACUAUACAA